AUGGAAGCCACGAAGCAUCGGCUAUAUACGCUAUCCGGUUUCGACAACACAGGAAAUGUUCAUGUUUGGUCCUCCGAGCUUCUGUUAGCACAUGCCUUUCUUUGUAUCCCAGCCUAUCCAGGUUUGUUACGCCUGUUUUCAAGUCGAUUCCUGCCUGGGCAUCUGCAGCGAGUGUGUGAACUCGGUGCAGGAAUGACUGGAGCCGCCGGUCUCGCUUUAUGCGCCUGCGGAAGUUUGCCCGAGCCCAUGUUUAAACCGUUCUACGUGCUUUUGACAGAUGGGAAUGAACGAUGUGUUGAGUCGUUGAAAGCGAAUGCAGAGCGACAGGAAACUCGCUUCAAAUCCCAAUUGGGUGAUGCGUUCCGUUUAGAAGCUCGUCAUCUUUCGUGGGCAAUUGAAAAUGAAGUCGAGACAUCUGAGCUGGACCCCUCGCUGCUUCAUUCAUUCGAUUUGGUCUUGGCAGCUGACUGCUUUUUCAAUCUCACAGGGCAUCGAGGAUUAUUACAGUUGAUCGAUGCUUUACUUUCUUAUCGUCGGUGUUCUGCAUUCCUCGCUAUUGCUCCGUGGCGUGGUUCCACACUCAGACAAUUUCUUCAUCUCGUGACCACUGAACACUAUCGGCGAUGGAAAGUGACGUGUCUGGAUUCCGAAAGUUAUUUGCAUCCCCGUUUAUUACGCAUUCUAGUUGACAAUCUUUCAAACCUACCACGUGGGGCAAUAGAUGACAAAGUGCUGGGACAGCUCAUACUUCUCGAACGCAUCGACUCGAUUCCGGCAGAAAAAAUCUAUUAA